AAAUUGGGGGGAUUGGAAAUCUGCAGUUGCAAGGGGUUGUUGAGGGAUCCAAACCUCCUCCAUCUUCUUCCCCUUCUUGCUCUUUGUAUAUCCAAACAUAAGGAAGGAGACAGCCUCCCCUCCCUCUCCCUCAAUUACCAUCCGUCCCCUUCACUCCCCAUCCCUCUCCGUUGGUCUCCCUCAAUCCAAACAGGGUGUAAGCAAGCACCUAACCCUAAACAGAGGCAGAGAGGUUAUUUCCUUUGACAGAGAAAGAGGGGAAGAGAAAAAUGAUGGAUGCCAUGCGGAAGCAGCUCGAUGCGCUGAUGGGCACGGACCGCAAUGGCGAUGUAAGGGAGGUGAAUCGGAAGUACUACGAUUGCGAUGUCUGCCGCCUUUACUUGUCCGGCCUUUGCUCUCACGAGCUCUUCCAAUUAACGAGGGAAGGGGUAUGCAUGCUUGGAAGUCAUAAAUAUGAAAAGGCUAAGGCAAAAGGCAUCGAUAACUAUGACAGAGAGUUGAAAGAUGCUAUUGACAGGCUCAUUUUUGACUGUGAUAGGAAAAUUGGUAGAUUUCUCAAGCGCCUCGAGGAUGAGGAUUCAAAGGCUGCUAUUGCUAUAUCACUCACUGAAGUUACUCAGACACCAGAAGUACUAGAGCUUUCAAAGCUAAGGGGAAAUUGAAGGAAGCUGACCAAUAUGAUCUUGAAGGCAAGACAUAUCUUAAAAGACGAGCUCUAGAAGAAGUAAAAGAGCUCAGAACUAAAAGAGCAGAUAAUGU